GCUACGUGUAAUAACACAUGCGGAUCGUACGUGUGUUUAUGCAAACCUGGAUUUAUCGGAGAUGGGCAUAAUUGUACAGGUAACCGUAAAUAGUUGGUUUUUUGGUUGAUAUUUAUUUUGAUAAAGUGGCAAGCCAUGUUUUAAUUCUUCAAACUAAGUGAGACAGUUACCCAACUAAAAGUUUUUAAGUGAUGGCUUUUGCAUAGAUAACCUGUUUUCACCAGGUACGACAGUCUCGCGUUCUCGCAAUCCAGCAAAGGAUUGAAAACAGCUAUGACUUGCACUUUUUAACAAGGUGAUGGCGUAUGCACAGCAGGUUUUGUAUAAUUUAGAAAUCUCAUUUUUUUUUUUCUGUGAUUUCAUAGACGUUGAUGAGUGUCAAAGAAACCACUCCUGUCGUGAGAAUGCAAACUGCACAAACACCAUUGGAUCACAUGUAUGCAAUUGUCAGCCUGGAUAUACUGGAGAUGGACAAAAUUGCACAGGUGAUUUGAUUCACAUCAGAGCAGUUCAUAUGUAUCUUGAUUGCACAAUAGAGUAACUGCAAGGAGAAUUCAGAAAUAAUAGCAUAAUUGAAAUGUCCCACCAGAGAACUACUUAAAACAGAAAGCUGAAAUGAAAUUAAGGUUUUUGCGAACUCCUAUGACUCUGUUAGAAACAGAAAUGCUUAUGUCUUAAGCUGAUAUUUUAUUCAAUUUUUUUUUCAUUUCUAAUUUUGCAACAGAUAUUGAUGAAUGCGAAGCAAACCCCCACAAAUGCCACGAAGAGGCUGCGUGUAAUAACACACACGGAUCAUAUUUGUGCACAUGUAAACCUGGAUUUAUCGGAGAUGGACAGAAUUGUACAGGU